AUGAGCGACCCAGCAAUGAGAGAGCCUGUGGAUCUGUCAGGAGAUGGCGGCGUACUCAAGGAAACAUAUUUUGAGGGCUCGGGCGAGUGUCCACCCGCUGGUGACGAGAUUCGCGCCCACUACACUGGCACGUUACUAGACGGCACUAAGUUUGAUAGCUCGCGCGACCGCGACUCGGAAUUUAAGUUUGUUUUGGGUAAGGGCAAUGUGAUAAAGGCGUGGGACUUGGCUUUUGCCUCGAUGAGAGUCGGCGAGAAAGCGAUGCUAACUUGCAAACCUGAAUACGCCUAUGGCGCGAAUGGCAGCCCGCCCAAGAUCCCCGCAAACGCAACCUUAAAAUUUGAUGUAGAACUCCUUGGCUUCAGCCCAAAGGCCAAGGAAAUGUGGGAAAUGGACACCGCGGAGAAGGUCGAUCAGGCCACAAAGCUUAAAGCCAUGGGUACAGAGCAGUUUAAGGCGAAGCAGUUUGGCAUUGCGGCCUCCACGUACAAUGAUGCUGCGUCGUUUAUGGAAGACAUGUACGAUGUUGCUGAUGAGGACAAAAAAAUUAUGAAAGAUUUGCAGACCACGUGUUAUUUGAAUGCUGCUAUGGCGUAUCUAAAGGUGGAAAACUAUGCAGAGGCCGUAUCUGUAGCUACAAAGGCUCUAAGCAAUGAUCCCACCAAUGUCAAGGCACUAUUUCGUCGUGGUGUAGGUCGUAUGUAUACCAACGAUCUGGACCGUGCAAAGGAGGACUUGUUGGCUGCUGGCAAAUUGGAUCCAUCUAACCGUGAUGUGCGUCGAGAGAUCGAUGUUUUGAAGAGAAAAAUGAAGGAGACACGUGAGAAAGAAAAAAUGGUCUUUGGCGGGCUAUUUGGUAAAGUAUCCAUGUAUGAGGAUAAGUCGGUUAUUGAGGCAGAGCCGUCGUUGGACCCAAGUAAUCCGAAAGUGUUUUUCGAUAUCAAAAUUGGAGAGGAGGAUGCUGGGAAAGUGGUGAUGCAGUUAUUCAGGGAUAUUUGCCCCAAAACCGUUGAGAAUUUCCGUGCAUUAUGCACAGGGGAGAAAGGCAACUGCUCGGCGGGCCAGCCACUGCAUUACAAAGGCAGUACUUUCCACCGCGUAAUUAAGAGCUUCAUGCUUCAGGGUGGUGAUUUUACGUGCGGUGACGGCACGGGCGGCGAAAGCAUUUAUGGCGAAAAGUUUCCGGAUGAAAACUUUCGUCUCAAGCAUUCGGAACCAGGCUUGCUUUCCAUGGCAAACGCUGGGCCUGGCACCAAUGGGUCGCAAUUCUUUAUCACAACUGUGCCCACGCCGCAUUUGGACGGUAAGCAUGUAGUGUUUGGUAAGGUUGUGGAAGGAAUGGAUGUCGUGAAACGCAUUGAAGGCCUAGAUACUGAUGAGGGCGACAAGCCGACGCAGCCUGUCGUUAUCGCUGACUGUGGCAUGUGUGAGGCGUAA